CUGUGGUUGAAAAGGUGGGGAACGAAAGAAACGGGAACCAUUACAAUUCUUCCAAGCGCAGCUUGUUUCUUUACGGACUGUUUUUGUUGAUGCACAAGUCUUCGGUCGUACUAGUUUAUUUUGGUGGCUAACUUCUGUAUGUUUAUGUCGAUGCUUCUGACCCAUGUAGAGGACUAACCGACCAGAAAACUACCACUGAAACACAACCGACUUCUCCGUCUGGCUAACAUGUCUGACUGGUGUCCGUUAGCGAAGCAGUACGACCCGCUGAUAGCUGGCAGCAUCGACGGGACGGACGUGGAGCCCCAUGACCGGGCGAUAUGGAGGGCUAUGUUUGCCCGCUACAAACCCAACAGAGGCGUUGUAGGAGACCCGCUGCUCACUCUGUUCGUGGCCCGUUUGAACCCGCAGACCACCGAGGAUAAGCUGCACAGCGUGUUCUCAAAGUACGGUGACAUCAAGCGGCUUCGGCUGGUUCGGGAUGUGGUGACGGGUUUCUCGAAAAGAUACGCCUUCAUUGAGUACAAGGAGGAGCGGUCCGUGACCCGGGCCCACCGAGACGCUAACAAGUUGGUGGUGGACCAGCAUGAAGUGUUUGUGGAUUUUGAGCAGGAAAGGACCCUUCAGGGAUGGGUCCCGAGGCGUCUCGGUGGCGGGCUGGGAGGAAAGAAGGAGUCCGGACAGCUGCGCUUCGGCGGCAGGGACAGGCCUUUCCGGAAACCCAUAAACCUUGGGUCAGGACCGGUGCAGCAGAGUGAUUGGGGCAGAGGCUGGGACAGACAUGGGGGGAGAGGACGGUACCAACAGAGAGAUGCAGGCUGGGACAGCAGAGACAGGAGGGACUACAGGGACAGAGACCGGGAGGACCGCAGGCACGGGGACAGGAGGUGAUCCUGGAUCCAGAACUGUCAGGACGGUUCGGACAGCUGUCACCGAGCUAUGAACAUUAUGGUUGUUAUUUUAGAUUGUCCAAUUUUUUUCUUUUUUUUAAUAAGUAUAUUUCUGAAGUGGACAUGUUAAAACUCAUCCGUCAAUCAUUUAGUUGUGAUUAAAGGAUUAAAACCAACUUUCAAAUCUGAGUCUAUACAGUCCUUAGCUAUUCUUUUUCAAAUCUUCUGUGUUUUUGUCAUUUAUCCAGGUUAUUUUUGCCCCUUGAAAAAUGUUUGAAGGUUCUAAAGUGCUUAAAACUAUAUAACAAUAUCAUUAGCUCUGGUUACUAUACAGUUCAUCUGCAGUUAUUAAUCUUCCGACCUGCUCUAAACCUCUCGCCAGUGACAAGAAAACCAUCAAAAUAGUUUGCAAAUCUUUAAAAGUAACAAUAUGUUUAAAAUGUGAGGAACAUUUGGCCAACAGGUAUGAAACAAAUAAAGAAAACAACAAACAUGAAAAUAAA